ACAAUCGUCAUAUUACAUCAGGAUGUAGAACUCAUUGUGUUUUUGCGUAUGUUAGAUCAAACAUACCACUCGUCUUCAGAAAGCAGUGACAGCGUUGCAGGAUUCUUAUAAUCCUAUUUGUCGCUUAAAUUGCCCAACAUUACCGGAUAACCCAGCACCAUCAGUCGUGAAGAUAAUCUCGUUGUAUUAAUCAGUUUCCUCCGAAACAUCAAUUCUGGCAAAAAUGGCAAGGUGCGUCAAAACACAUUGCUUAAAAUUUUUAAAGUGCCUCGUGAUCAUUCUACCCUUGUACGUCUGUAAUGCUAAUGCAUGUCAACAAAAUUGCACUUGUUCACCAACAGUAUACAUUGACUCAGAAUACAGGAGCAGUUGUGUCUGUUCUGAAAAUGGGAUCAUUCCUGAAAACAUACUCCAGAAUAGUAGGAUACUAGAACUUCGUUACUCUCAGCCAAUCGUUCUCAGGGCUGGAAACGUUCAAAAAUUUAACCAGCUGAUUCGUUUGAAUAUAUCGGGCAUGCAGUUUGUCAAACCUGGUGGAUUUCAAGGGCUAGAAACGCUAAAAAGGUUGGUGUUGUAUGAUAAUUCCAUGCGUGUUCUAGAAAUGAACGUGUUCUGUAAUCUACAGAACUUGACAAACCUUGAGCUUGAAGGUAGGCCUACAAAUAAGAAUAAACUCCAUGCUCUCGAGAAUGGGACGUUCCUCGGUUUAAGAAAUUUAAAGCAUCUUUACCUGAAGAGCAAUGCCUUAGCGGACAUUAGCGAAGAAUAUUUUCGCGAUCUUGAAAGCUUGGAUUAUCUUGAUUGUUCAGAUAACCUACUGGUUCAAGUUAAAGCGUGUACCUUUAUCCAUGCACCACUGUUAACGAAAUUAAAUCUGUCCAAGAAUAUCAUAAGAGAAGUUCAUCAACACGCAUUUGCGGGUUUGACGAAAUUGGACACACUGAUUUUAGAUGGGAACAUGAUCAAAGGAAUGCCUCAGCCCUUGUUUUCCAUUGGAUCCCUUGAGGAAUUUCAAGCUCAUCGGGACUUUCUGAUGAUUAAACUUGACGAUAACCCACUGAGAUGCGACUGCCAUCUGAAUUGGUUAUCAUCGUGGCUAGAAAGUUCUUCCUGCGUAGGAAGUUGUAAAACACCUGAUAAUCUACAUGGCCAACUUCUUGAACCGGUUUACAGAGACGGUCUUCCUCAGUGUCAACCUAACAACACGGUCCAGACAGUGGAGCCGGGAAAGCAAUUGGAACUGACAUGUUCCUUCACUGGUGCCUCCUGGAAGACCCCUGAUCGACGUCACUUCCGGGAGCAUGGUGAUUGCGGUGAUCCGUUCUGCUUGACCAACAGAGAUUCUUUGGUCAUCUGGAGGACAACCCCUGAGCUAUCUGGUAAAUACACCUGCCUUUCUUCGGAUGGUACCCAGGCGUUAUACUACCAGGUUCAUGUGAGCGACACAAACUCAUUUACUAUCGCGGUGGUUGCUGGUAUUGCAGCAAGUGCAUUUUUGCUCAUAGUCCUGAUCACUGUUGCUGGGUUUAAACUAAGUUCGCGUGGAAAUGUCAGCACAAGAGUUGCAGGAAACUCGCCUCCAGGAACCCCAACUCCAAGUAGUAACCGACCUGACAGCAUCAGAGGCAAUGAUGAUCGUGUCUUUCUUCUCAAUGUAGAAAGGGAUCGAGACUCCUCUCUAUUAUUGAAUGAGACGGCAAACUACCGUGCGAUUUUUAAGAAAGACUCGUCGUUCGACAAGAAAAAUAUUAACAUCUAUAACAGCACAUCGACUUGAAAAUUAAAUCGGCUGCAUUAUGCCCAUUUUGUUGGCAACUUUUGAUUGAGCUAGUGGACAGUCCAUUCGGUGGAUUCUCAUUCCCGUGUGACGUUAAAUUUAUGAUGAAAUGAACCGUUCAUGGUAACUUUACCAGAGCAACCUUGAUUUAAUUAAAAGGUGACGACGGUUGCUUUUAUCGUAGUUAUAAUGAUAGCAGAGUUUAUAGAAGUCAUGUAGUUUACUUACAUCAGUUUGAUGAAAAAAAAAUGGAUUAGGAUUUCUGUUAAAAUUAGAUGUCAGAAUAAUUUGAGGUCUAUCAUUACUCACCAACAUCAUUUCCAUAGUGUUAUAUUGAAAGGAAUUAAAUCUACAUACACCGGAGGGGCCGAGAAAAGGGGUGAACAUUCAUAAGAUCUAAAGUUGAUUGUCAUUUUGAACGUUUAUGUACGUUAUUAAUGAAAAAAGUGGGAGCUGAAGCACCCAUACUCCUCGUUCUAAAGCCCCUGCACUACACUGUAACAAAAUAUUUGAAAUUACUCAGUAAAAUUGAGGCAAAAAAUGCCUUGAUUUUUCAAGAAUUUAUAAGUUUGGCAGUUUUAAGUAAAAUUUACUCAUUUUCUUUGCAUCCAUUUUACUCGAGUAUCACUGAAUUUUUUUUUAAAUGGGGGAGUGGACUUUCGUGAUUCAAAAGUCCGCUCCCCAUCGUCAUAAUUUCAGUGGCUUCAUUUUCAUCUUAGACAUAUUUUAUCCAAAUUCAGUUCAAUUCAAUUCAAUCAUGGUUUAUUUCAUGUUACACAGCUAAAAGGCUGAAAUUAGCAUGUAUACAAUAAAAUGUUUACAAUUCAUUCCUGGGUAAUAGCAACAAUUUCACAGGUACAUGUAAGGAUGUGUGAUGUACAUAGAUGAUAAAUAAUGUAAAAUAGCAAGUGUAAAUAAGAAUUCAUUAAAUAAACUGAGAUGGAAUGAAAAAAAAAACUAUAUAAAUAAAUACAACAUCAAAAUGUGAUAUUAGACAAUUAAAAAUUAAAAUAGUAAUUUGAUUGAAGUGGAGACUAAAACAAUGACAAAAAUUUGAGUUGUUUUUAAGACUAUGAAAGUGAAAUUUAUUCAGAAUUUAGUAAAUCUAUGAAAUAUGGUAUUGCAAUUUUUCUAAAACGAUCUGUUUUGCAUUUCAUCUGAGCAAAGUUUGGAACACUUCUUAAUGAGAUUGAGACAUUUUUCUUUUUCGGUAGCCAGUUAUUACAGUGGGUUUUUUUUAAAGAGAUUUAGCAAGGUCAAUACACAGAUUUUCUUGUCUCCUUUCUAGACAUUCUAAUCCACAUUUUGUUAGUGCAUUUUCAUAGUCUAUAAUCUGAACCAAGAAUUAUUUUGCAAACUCUUUUCUGUAUUUUCCAAGUCCGUAACAUGUUUAGAAGUUUGUGCUACGUUGAAUACCGGUACACAAUACUCCAAUAUUGGACGAAUACAUGUAUAUCCAAUGUAAAUUUGAACAAAGUCUCAGUGACAUAGGGAGUUUGAAUGGUCUGACAAGUCUGAACAUAAUUAUACAAUGUUUUGUUGCACCUUUUAUAAUAUCUGAAAUUCGUGUAUCCCAUUUUAAGUUUGACUGAAUAUAAACACCAAGUAUUUUAACAGUAUAUGUAUAUUGCAGAGAAGUGUCAGGUAAUGGUGGAUUUUUAGAAAAAGUAACUCUGAUUAUUAUUGCAUUUAUUCGGAUUUGAAUUCAUAUGAUUAUCAGAUGACCAGGUAACAAGUGCACUUAGAUGACAGUGUAAUACAGAAGGAGUUUGUAUUGAACGAUUUUCAACUAUAAGAUCGUCAACAUAUUUAAAGUUCAGUGAAGAUUCAUUCUGACAUGCAUCAUUAAACAUGAUCCAAAAUAAUAUCUGGCCUAAUUUUGUGCCUUGAGGCACUCCAGCAUGAUGUGUGAUAUACGAAGACAAUACGCCCUAAUGAUUGCGAACGAUUUUCUAAAAAACUACACUGUAAAAAAAUAUUGGGUAAAACUUUUUACCACCACGAGGGUAAUUAUGACUUUGUGUCCAACCAAUUUUGAGCAGUAUUUUACCCUAUGCGGGAAACAUAUUGUCCAGUAAGGUUAAAAAAUAAGCAGCAAUUACUUGAAAAUUUGCAAAAUUUUCAUCAAACUGGAUAAAUAAAAAUGCCCAAUAUUGGUUGGACAUAUAAUUACCCUCAUGGAGCACUUUUACCCAAAUAUUUUUAGAGUGUAACUAUCCACUCAAUAAUUGUACUAGGUCUUACGUUAUAUUCAUUUUUUUUAAUCAUUAUAUUGUGGUCAAGUCUAUCGAAGGCUUUGGAAAAGUCUGUGCAAACAAUAGUAUAGAUAUUGAUUUAGAUUGUUCACUGUUGUUCAAUACACAAUGCAAUAAUUUUACCAAAUACUAAAUAAUGAGUGGUUGAUAGACCUUGCCUGUUUCCGAAUAUGAAUGUCAAUAUUAGACAUUCAUCAGUAUUACACUUUAUGCAUUGCUCCUUACCUGUACAUGAUAGGUACUCAGAAGCGGAUCUAGAGGGGGGGUUGGGGGGGUUGCAACCCCCCCCCCC